CGACGUUUCCCAUGCGAAUUAUUUUGCUUUAGGCUGCGAUUGGUUGGAUUUUGAUAACAAUACCUGUGGAGUAGGUACCGUAAGUGAUUCUAAACGAUGGCGUGUUGUGCAAUACCGGGAUGCCAUAACUCACAGAGAUAUAAAGGAGGAAGGUCUAUGUUUCGUCUACGUCGGCCUGACCUGGCAAGAACUCCUGGUGAAAGAAUACAUCGUCAAAGGCUGACUAAUGUUAUGCUCUCGAUUCGGGAUUUCACAAAGGGCGAUAACAUUAAGAAUUUGAUACACAAAGAAAGUUGUCAUAUUUGUGAUAAUCAUUUUGCGAAGGAAGAUAUUUUGAGAGUACCAAACAAAACGAGUCUUAGACUUGGAGCGAUGCCAACAAAGAAUAUGCCAGUCCCACAAUGUAGCGCACCGGGAUGCCAUCACCCAAACGGUUUUAGAUUUCCGAAGAGAAUGAGGAUUAAAAAGAAAUGGAUCGAAGCCAUAAACAAUGCAGGAGAUUUUGGCAAAAGGAAAUGGAAACCUAAUAGCAAAUCUAAUGUUUGUUAUCAGCAUUUUCUGAGAGAGGAUUUCUGCUGUGAUGAGUCAGGAAAGAUACUCAAAGCGCUCAAACCUACUGCAGUACCUUCUAUAUUCAACACCUACGACGUGGAAUUAAACUAUGUUAAAUUAACGAUUGCUAAACCUCCGUUAGAACCAAAAAUGAAACCCAAAACAGUUCAAGAGCUACCUGUUUCCUCAGUUUUUCAAGAUGGUGAGCAAGCACAUGUCAAUAAUGUUGUAAUAGACUUGACAAAGGACACACCGAGCCCAGAUAUAGUUGAAAAACUAUUCAUCACAAAUAUUAGAGGCUCAAAUGAAAUACCACUUUCGAACGGACAUACGGGUAUAAACUCAAACAAUGCAGAUAUCACAGAAAAUACCAAUCUGGAAACUACGGACUUUUUCAAAGUGAUUAGCAUUGAAGACACAAAAUCGAACACAAAUUCUGAACAAGCACCCCCAAAUACUGAACCGUUGAGUGGCAACAAUUCUUUACAUAAGACUGUGGAGCCAAUUCCCAUCGACAAGAAAAAUGGAAUAAAUGAAAAUCAAAUGGUAUCUGCUAACCCAUAUUCGGAUAUUACCCAACAGACUGAUGGGGGCUUGGGUAACAAUUUUGAAAGAAAUAUGGACUCCAUGCCUUUAAUGUCAUCACAGAAAGAUACCUUCCCCAGUCCGCUAUUGAAGACUCCGGUGAGGCCCGCCAAUGCAAGCAAUAUUAGUGAGUCCUGCUUAGCGAAUGGAAAUCAAAUUAGAAAUUGUGAAACUAAUAUAGACCAAAAAUAUGUGAAAUACUCCCCGAAACAUACUGUGCUAUUGAAGUCACAUGGCCUACCUUUGACCAAUGGUUUGAGGGUUGAAAACCAGAUGGAAGGGAGCCUAAGUAGCAAUUGUGAAACAAGUGUCGUUCAAACAUCUACUACGUACUGUCAAAAAAAUGCUAUCAUAUCAAAUUCGCCUUCUUUAAAUAACCCAACAGACCUUGUCGAAGCACCGCAUAAUCCAAGUAUCCAACAGUCUCAUAAUGAAGCGAAUAUUGAACAAAUGGAUAUAGCGGAAGAAAACACAUUAAAUUCAAAGCUAAAUGUUCUGGCAGGUGAUAAAGAGCCAUCACUGACGGCCCAAAAAAUUGAAAUAAAAAAGGGCAAGGAAUCAUUAAUGGAAUCAGAAACGUCUAACGGUAAUACAGCUCAAUGUGCACCAGCAAAUGAGAAUUCGGAAUGCGCAACUUUAGAGAUUUUACUUGAAAAUUCUGCAAUUGAGACUGACAAUUCUGCAGUCAGUAAUAAAAUAAGAGUAAAAAAUUUGAACCGAGUACCUGUGACUUCCAAGACUGUGGAUAAUGGAAUUCAGAGUCAAUCCACUUUAUCAAUACAAGCUAAAACUAACUUUUUGUCAUCCCAGAAUUUUUUGAUUGGGUUCGCAGGACAUGAAAAGGGGUCUGAUCAAGACAGUUCAGCUUUUAACCCUAAUAUGAUAAAAGAUAUGCAGAAUACUGAAAUGGAGAUUGACAAUACUGCAGCUAGUAAUGAAAUAAGUGUAACAGAUCCGAACCAAAUACCCUUGUAUGGUAAUAAUGUGAAAAGUGCGAUUCAUAAUCAGUCUUCUUUACCAAUGCAAGCUAAAUCUAACUUUUCGUCAUCCCAAAAUUUUGGAGGGUCUGAUCCAAAUAUUUUGAAAUUGAAUAUUGACGUAACAGAUAUGGCUGCAGAACCUACAAUACAGGCUGGCACCUAUUUUAUGCCUUCCCAAAAUCAUAGUAGCGAGUCCACAGGACAUAAAAAAGGCCCAGAUCAAGAUAUUUCAAAGUCGAAUACUGAUAUGAUUGCAGAUACUGAAGGUUUUGUGGAAGCAAAUAGCCAUUUACCAUCGGACACCCUUCAAAUAUCAAAAGAUCUCGAUGAAAAAUUGUGGCAAAGCUACCAAAAAAAGCAAUGAUCAUAUUCUUCCAGAAAUAGUGCAUAAAAAUUCUGAAGGCUCAGCCUUGAUUGUUAAUGGGAAAAAAGGAAAUUUGCUGUUACAACAAACACUGUGCAAUGUGGCAUUUACAAAUUUUAAAAUGAACA